UUUCCAGUCCCCUCGACGAGCUCCUUUUCUCCAUCUGCCAACGUAUUCUAUCAGCUACGAUGAACUCGCCGACCAACAACAAGCUCGACUACGUGCGCAACGACUACAAGAUGGGUCUCAACAUCUCGAUCCAAACCAUGGACGGCCUCCCCGAGACCAUUGCGGCGCUGCGCGCCAAGCGGCAAGUCCUCGCGACCAAGCGCCAGGGCAUCCUCGCAAGCCUCGGGUGCAUCCCAGCCGAGGCGCCACCCGCGCCGAAGCGGCGCAAGCUCGAGUUUGCUCGGCUUUUCACCGACAACGUCGUGCCCGAGCCGAGUGUGGCUCUGUCCUAAGCCCGAGAACGGUGGUCGUGUAGAGGUCGAUCCGCCUGUAUUAUUACCUAGUGCUAUUCUAAUUUAUCGUACAUUCCUGCA